AUGAAGAACCCGCCCUGGGUUGACCCCAACAAGGAGCGUCGGGAGGCCGUGAAGCGGAAGAUCACACAGUACCUGAGGCGUGCGGAGGAGAUCUUCAACUGCCACCUCCAGCGGGCUGCAGGGGAUGGCAACCCCACCGCCACGGGUUACAGCAGCCUGCGCUUCCGGCCGAUCAGGACGCUGAGCUCGGCAGUGGAGAACCUGAGACGAUGUAAGGUUGUGGGAGUGAUCGAUAAGGUGCAGAUUGUCCAGGAUCCGGCUACUGGUGGGACCUUUAUACUUAAGAGCCUCCCCAAAUCCCAUGUUGAGACCCGUGAGCGACAGACCAUCAUCCCUCAUGGGGUCCCCUUCAUGGUCAAGCUGCUGUGCUACUAUGUGAGUGAGGACUCCAUCUUUCUCCACCUGGAGCACGUGCAGGGGGAGACACUGUGGUCUCACCUCCACUCCAAGUACUGUGUCCAGCAGGACUCUGCCGAUUCAAACACCGUUCAAGCUCUGAGGAACCGUGGCAGAGAAGAUGUCGUGGGAAGCCCCCGGGGCAGCAGCCAAAUCUCGAUCUUCUCUGCUCAGACAGGCAGUGGGCUCCCAGGCUCUAUGACCCACCGAGUACUGGGAAACACCGAUGCCUUGCCUGCUCGGGAGCAGUCCCCUGACCCCACAGACCCCAGCUUGGGGAACCACUGCCGGCUUUUCCUGGCUCCCACUGGUGGCAUGAGAGCUGCAGCUGGAGGCCAGGAUCUAAGUGUGACCCAGUCUAUGUCUGGCAUCAUGGACCAUGUUCCAGCAGUAUCAGCCAAAGGCCCCAGCCACCUUACCAACCAGGGCCUGGUCAUCUAUCCCUGGGACGCUCUAACCAGCAGCAUGGGCUGUGUAUCAGAGAGAGCAGCCUCUCAACAAGACCCUGGACCACGUGCCGGUGGAAGACCUCCCCAGACACCUGGCCCUGCACUGAAGACUGUGAGAGGGGGCCAGCCAGGGGCAGGGAAGCCAUCAUCUCAGCAAGUGUCUGAGGUCCCCUGGGCUCGGCCUCUCUUGACCUCCUCGGGUCAGAGGCAGCUUUGUGCAGGCAUUGCCCCGUCCAGCCCUGGCAAGGUCCAUGGGCCUGACCCAGCGGUGCAGGAAAUCUCACGGGGAACAAGCCUGACCUGUAGCCGGCUCAGAGAGCAGCCGCUGUCAGGACAGGACCGGGCUUUGGCUUCCCAUGGGCAUGGCCAGAGAGCGUGGGCUGUGAAGGAGGAGCAGGUGCAGCUGUGGGCAGCGGAAAUCCUCCUGGCCUUAGAGGGACUUCACCAACAGGGUGUAUUGUGCCGGGAUCUCAACCCCAGGAACCUGCUGCUUGAUGCAGCCGGUCACGUCCGUCUCACCUUCUUUGGCCAGUGGACAGAGGUGGAGCCCCAGUGCUGCAGCCAGGCACGGGAAGAGCUGUACAGUGCCCCAGAAGUAGGGGGGAUCACAGAGCCCACCGAAGCCGCUGACUGCUGGAGCUUUGGCGCUCUCUUGUACGAGUUGCUGACUGGAGUGCCACUGUCCCAAAACCACCCUUCAGGGAUUCAACCUCACACCCAGUUGCAUCUGCCGGAGGGGCUCAGCGUGGCCGCUACGUCACUGCUCACCGAGCUCCUGCAGUACAACCCAAAGCGGCGUUUGGGCUCUGGAGGAGGUGGCAUGGCAAAGCUGAAGUCCCACUCCUUCUUCAGCACCAUCCCGUGGAACAAGCUGGUGGGCUAG